AUGGAGUCUCAUGCGAACAGCGACCUUACCGUGAGGGUUGGGGCUUUUGGUCAGGAAGACAAUCGCCGAGUAAAAAACACAGAAACAAUGAACCACAUGUACAUACAUGUACUUAAAGACAGAUCGAAGCCUUCUUCUUCAUUGGCGUUAAAGUCAGUGAACUGGAUAUCAGUAUCAAGCGCUGGUGCAGUCUAUGGUGGCAGGUUUUUCCUCAACACAAGCUCCCUUGUAGGAAUUGAUCAUCUCCGGUUCCCUCUACAUGCGACCAUAGUGUCCCUUACACCCUCGGGUCAUGAUCAUCAUAACAAGCUGGAAACCAAGUUCUCGGCGUUCCUGCAGCUGGUGAACUUAUGCUGGGGCAUCACGUGUUUUGUGCACACGCUGGAGAGAAAGGAAAGAAGGGGUUUGGGCUGCAUCUCAACAUGCAAGGUACCAAUCGCUGUAAGGGGAAAAAGGACUUUCUGGAGAUUAGGUUUCAUCCGAGAUGAAGAAGCUCUUCAGCAUAAAACAAGUGCAGCGGAGGCAUUGAAGGGGUUCUGUGAAUUCGGAGGCGGACUGAAAGACAGGAAGACAUCUCCUAGGGCAUCAUAUAUUCGUUUAGAUCAAUCCCCAAGGAUACCAACCUCACUUGAUACGACUUCAACGCAUAACCUUAUUCUGGGGGGCAUCUACCGGUAG